CAGAAGCAACAGUUGCAAGGUAACCUCGAUGACGUUAUGCUGGAGCUGGAGUUCGUGCUGGGUCCGCACGCUAGAAAUUUGUAUACACAAGAAACUGACUUCUACAUAUCACAAGAAGUAUCCCCAAAACACAACUUUUCUCAGUUCUGCAGUCCCUCUCUGAAUGUGUCUAAAACUAGUAGUGAAACACUUCGCCAGCAGUUGAAUCAUCUCCCUAUUCCGUCAACCUAUGCAAGCGGAAUAAGCAGUGAUUAUCAGUUUGGAACUUGCCCGACUACAGCGGUUGCGCCAUCUUACGGAAGUCUCCAUUGGACACAGAACAAAAACAAUAAAACGCUAGUUUCGAACCAAAUGUCACCACCAGCAUCUCCAGAGAGAACUGUUCUCCAACUUCAACAAAAUAUAACGUCUACAGAAUUAGAUGUUUUUACUGCGGUUCCUCAAACGGUUUCGUCUGCAAUGACACAACCACAUCAAGUUGAUCACCUUACAUCUGCAUCAUCUCAUCUUCCACAGCAGCAACAAGUUAGUCAUCACUUAAGAAUUAUGACCCCGCCAUCUUCUCCUAAUCUUGUCGAUCUUCUUAACAGAACCAACCCAACUGGAAAUGGGAUUGUGUCGACAUCAAAUGGGGUCCAACUGUCGGAAGCCUCUCAGGGCAAUGGCAAGUUGAAGAAAGGGCGUCGCAGUCUGGGGCGAAAAAAAAUCACAAACCACUCUUGUUCUCACCCGGGUUGUAGUAAAACGUACACCAAGAGCUCCCACCUGAAGGCUCAUCUCCGGACCCACACCGGCGAGAAGCCUUACGAGUGCACGUGGAAAGGAUGUGGCUGGAAGUUUGCACGUUCCGACGAACUGACCAGACACUACCGGAAACACACCGGCGAUAGACCUUUUCAGUGUCGCCUGUGUGAACGUGCUUUCUCUAGGUCCGACCAUCUGUCGCUUCACAUGAAGAGACAUGCAGUUGUAUGAAGAAGCAAAUGACUGAAAUUAUAAAAAUGCAAUGGACUCGAUUUUCCGGACUAUCCAUGACAAAUCCAGUUCCUCGAUGUUUUGUUGAAUCUUAUGAUUUUUUACACGAAACUGUCAAUUUACAUAAACGACCAAAAUCGUGCGGGACCAAUGCUUUUAUGCUUUUUUCAUCUUGAGGAAGCACUAACAAAUAUUCGCCUGUAGAGGGCGUUGUGGGCGCCAGCCUGGGAAGAUAAAUUAAUUGGUUUAUUUUUAAGGUCAUUCAAAGUGUAAAUUACUUGUGUUUAAUAUAAGCAAUAAACAUCAUGAGCGAUUUUAAUUAAAAGUUAUCUCAUUAUAAACACAUCCCUU